GGCAUUCCGGAGCGGCGGUCCGUGCUGCUGGUGUCGGAAGCCCACGGGCAGCAGAUCCUGGGCGUGCUCAGAGGCUUCCGAGAGCGGGGAGUUCUGUUUGAUUUCAGCAUCACCGUACAGGACGACACGCUCCCCUGCCACCGCUGCGUCCUGGCCGCCUGCAGCGACUUCUUCAGGGCCAUGUUUGAAGUGAACAUGCGUGAGCGUGACGAUGGUGCCGUCACUCUGACCAAUCUGUCUCCACGAGCCGUCCGCUCCUUCCUGGACUUUGCAUACUCAGGCAAAGUGGAGAUCAGUGAAGACAACGUAGACAUGCUCUUCCAGCUCUCCUCCUUCCUGCAGAUAUCUGUCCUGUCCAAGGCCUGCAGCGACUUCCUCAUCGAAACGCUCGACCUCCGCAACUGUCUCCACCUGCUGGCUGUUGCCGAGGGUUACGGCUGUGCCCGGCUAUUGAAUCGCACCACAGAGUUCAUCACGCAGAACUUCCACAAGCUUGCCUCCGUGCCGGACUUCCUCGACAUGCCGGUGAGCGUCCUGAAGCAGUGUCUGACGUCUGACGCCCUCAAUGUUCCUGAGGAGGAGAGCGUUUUACGGGCCCUGCUCCUCUGGACCAGUCACGACCUGGACGCUCGACAGAAGCUGCUGCCGAACCUUCUGCCUCUGGUGCGGCUGCACCAGCUCCCCCUGGAAGUUCUCGAGGAGCUGGCCCGGUCCGAGGAGUUGUUGCAAGGUGACAGGGACUGUGCAAAGAUCGUGGGAGAAGCUUUAUCCCGCCUGCGGGAAUUCAUCGGUUUUUUCCCGGACGCCCGACCUUCCACGACGGAGAGCUACAUCUACGUCCAUAAGACGGAGGAAAACGGCGAGAUACGCCACGCCUUCUGCUACAACAUCCGCACGGACCGCUGGAUGGAGCUGCCCGAGCAAGCCGCCCAGCUGGCCGACAUGCCCGGCUCCAGCCUCGCCGGCUUUGGGGAGAAGCUGUUUGUGACGGGCGGUUGUCGCGGCAACUGUUGCCGAGCGGUGCGCUUGCACAUCGCCGAGCCGCAGCACGACGCCACGGACGAAGUUUGGUGCUACUGUCCGGUGGGUGGGACUUACACUCAGGCCCCGCCCAUGCUCCGCCCUCGCACCAUGCACGCGUCCGUCACGGCGCUGCAACGCGUUUACGUGAUUGGUGGGAAAACCCACGGCUCGCGAGAGAUCCGAAGCUUACUGGACGUGGAGUUCUACGACCCGCUGUCCCGGCUUUGGAAGUCUGCGAGUCCGUUACCAAGAGGCAUAUACUUCCCUGAGGCCAGUGCUUGUGGCAGCGUCAUCUACACCCUCGGCUCAGAGGUGGAGAUUUCUGACGCCUUUAACCCCUCGCUGGACUGUUUCUUCAGUUAUGAUGCCGUAGCGGACCAGUGGUGCCACCUGGUGGCGGAAUUCGGUCAGUUCUUUCACGCGACUCUGGUGAAGGCAGUGCCUGUGAAUGACACGCUUUACCUGUGUGAUCUCUCCACCUACAAGGUGUACAGCUUCUGCCCGGAGACCUGCGUGUGGAAGGGAGAGGGCUCCUUUGAGUGUGCCGGCUUCAACGCAGGAGCCAUAGGUGUGCGGGAUAAGAUCUACAUCCUGGGCGGAGACUACUCACCUGAUGAGAUCACGGAUGAGGUUCAGGUGUAUCACAGUGGGCGGUCUGAGUGGGAGGAAGUCACGCCCAUGCCACGCGCCCUCACUGAAUUCCACUGUCAGGUAGUCAACUUCAACCGCUACAGAGACCCCUGGAUAUCUGAACCCGCAGAGACACCCUAA